UUGAGAAGUACUAAUGUCAAUGAUGUCCAUUUACUUAUGAAAAAGUAUUUAUUAAAUGUUUUACGUACCAUUGUAACCUUAUAAAUGCGUAAUUGCGUGUUUCAAAACGUCAGUUUAACUGGCUGAGUGGAAUGACAGACUAGUCGUGGUACCGGCAGUGUGGUCAUUUCAUUCCUAAUCUGUUUGCUGUAAAUAGCAAAUCUAGACGCACAGGCACCCGUUUCGUAAAUUUGAAGACAACAUUGUGGGCCCAUGAAAAGCGGCAGUUGUGUUGUUUGAAACGACUUGCAUUACAAAUACAAACGAGGUCAUGCAGAGUGCACUUUCAGAGAGUCGUCGUCAUGGAGCCAGCGUGCCGCAAAGACAAGCAGAAGCAGAAGGAGACCCCGAACAGAGGGGAUAACGGCAAGGCCAAGCAGAGAUCUGCGCAGCAGGAACUGAAGCAGAGACAGAGGGCAGAGAUUUACGCCUUGAACAAAGUGAUGACCGAACUGGAGCAGCAGCAGUUUGAGGCGUUCUGUAAGCAGAUGCAGUCACAGGGGGAGUGAUGUGGAGCUCCAGGGCUUCAGAGGGGACCCUUCCAGUACCUGGAUGGAAACAGAAGAUGCUAUUUUGAAGCAAGUUCGAAGUUUGCCCUGAAAAGUUAAAAAAAAAAAAAAAAAAGACUAUUAUAAGCUUUCAAACUGGUGUCAAAGUCCCAGUUCAAAUCGUGUUAGCUCUGCUCUGCUGCCCAUGGAUAUCAGCAAGUUAGCUGCUUCUUGCUAGAUUUAUAAUGUGUGUUUUGUUUUGCAUUCAGAAAUGGGGUCAGCUUGGCAUUGUUAGGCCCAUAGGGUGAGUUGCAACAUUCCACUUGAACUGGUUAAACUGAGGUGUAGCCUGAAAAUAAGCAUGUGGGCACAACAUCUACAUAUCAAUUGAGAUAAUCGGAGUCAGAGAUUCAGCUUCAGCGUACCAGCAGUGGCUCCAUUUAGUCUCAUUUCAAGUUUUAACAUAGACCAUGCCUUGUGAGGUUUUACUGUGCUUUGCAUUUCAAACGGUUUUCAAAUAUUUGAACGAUAUGAAUGAGGUUUUAGUGGUUUUUUUUUUUUUUUUAAUGUAAUUUAAGGCUAACAUUUAAAACUGUGGCGUUAGUUACAAGUGAACUUUGAUUUUGUGGUUUGCAUUGCCCUUUUAAAUGCUAUUCAAGUGGAUCUUGGUGCACUCCACAAGGAACAUUGUUUUGCUCAAUACUGAGGUUAAUUGUUAGACAAUUGUUAUAUAUAUAUAUAUAUAUAUAUAUAUAUAUAUA